ACCGGCACCGGGACCUGGACCUGAACCGGCACCGGGACCGGGACUGGGAGAGACCGGGAUCGGCACCGAGAUCGGGAUCAGAAUCGGGACCGGGAGCGUCCGGUACCGGGAUAAGCACCGGGAUCGGGAUUGGGACCUGAACCGGGUCGGCACCGGGAUCGGGACCUGUACCGGCACUGGGAGCGUCCGGUACCGGAUAAAAACCGGGAUCUGGACCGCGACCGGGAUCAGGAUCUGAAUCAGGACCGGAAUCUGCACCGGGAUCAGCACCGGGAGCGACCGGGACCAGGAUAAGCACCGGAAUCGGGAUCACAACCGGGACCGGGAUUAACACCGGCACCGGGACCGGGACUGGGAUCAGAACUGGGACCGGGAUAAGCCCCAGGAUCAGAACCAGGAACGACCGGGAGCGGGAUAAACACCGGGAUUUGUACCGGGAGCGAUCAGAACCGGGAUCAGAACCGGAACCGGGACUGGGAGCGGCACCGGGACCCACCGGGAGCGGCACCGGCACCGGGAUCAGUUCGGAGCUCCCGCGUCUCUCCAAGCUCCGGUUCCGCUCCCGAACCGGGACGGGACGAAAGCAGAACCGGGAACGGCCGGGAUGGGACCCGGGAGCACCGGGAACCGAACCGGGACCACCGGGAACCGAUCCGGGAGCACCGGGAGGGGACCCGGGACCACCGGGAACCGAUCCGGGAGCACCGGGAACCGACCCGGGACCACCGGGAUCCUCCUGCUCCUCCUGGCAGCGGCGGCGGCGGCGACACCGAGCACAGCGCACCCGCCGUGCCCUCCCGACCAUUUCCAGUGCGGGGACCUGUCGUGCCUGUCGCGACAUUUCCUCUGCGACGGCGACCGCGACUGCGCGGACGGGGGGGACGAGCUGGGCUGCGCCCCUCCCCCCACGCCGCCCUGCCCCCCCUCCUCGUUCCGCUGUCGCGACGGCGCCUGCGUGCCCCGCCUGUGGCGCUGCGACGGCGAUCGCGACUGUCGCGACGGCAGCGACGAGGGGGAGGGGCUGUGCGGGACGCCCCGCCCCCCCGCCCUGCCCCCCCUGCAGUUCCCCUGCGGCUCCGGGGAGUGCGUGGCCGCCGGGUGGCGCUGCGACGGAACCGCCGACUGUCGCGAUAGUUCCGACGAGCUGGGCUGCGCCCCGCCCCCGCCGUGCCCCCCCGGGCAGUUCCGCUGCCGCGACCGGCGCUGCAUCCCCGCGGCGCGCGCCUGCGACGGGACACGUGACUGUCGCCAUGGAGACGACGAGGAGGCGUGUCCGGAGGCCCCGGCGUGCCCCGGCCCGCAGCGGUUCCGCUGCCGCUCGGGUGAAUGUAUCGCGAUAGCGCAGGUCUGCGAUGGGCGGCGCCACUGUCGCGACUGGUCCGACGAGCCGCUCAAGGAGUGCGGGGUGAACGAGUGCCUGCAGGGGUCCGGGGGCUGCUCCCACUCCUGCCGGGAUCUCCCCAUCGGCUUCGAGUGCAGCUGCCCCCCAGGAAUGGGGCUGGGCCCCGACAACAGGACCUGCCAUGGUGGCCCUCCCGGGACCCCCGAACCGGAGCCCCAGAGCCGCAACCUCAGCGCCGAGGACACGCCCCCAACGGUGAGGCCACGCCCACUCAGCGCACGGGACCUUGUCAGACCGGGCGGGGCCAGAGGGGCGGGGCCAUGGAUGACGUCACUGGGGGUCCUGCUGCCCCUUGGUCUGCUGCUGUGCCUGGGCCUGGCCGGGCGGGCGCUGUGGCGCUGGUGGCGCCGGCGCAGCACCAACAGCAUCAGCUUCAGCAACGCCGCCUUCCGGAAGGUUCCGGAGCAGCUGCAGGGGGGCGGGGCUUGGGGACACGCAGUGGCCGCUGGCAAUGGAGGAGGAGGAGGAGCCCUGAGGGGCCGAGACCCCCCCGAGACACCUGGGGACACCUGGGGACACCUGGGACACACCUGGACACACCUGGGUGCGCCUGGGGAACAUCUGGAGACACCCAGGUGGACAUCUGGAUGUACCUGGACACACCUGGGACGCACCUGGGGACACCAAAGAACACCUGGAGACACCUGGGGGCACCUGGGGGCACACCUGGGCACACCUGGGCACACCUGGAUACACCUGGGACACACCUGGGAACAUCUGGGACACACCUGGGCACACCUGGGUGCACCUGGGGACACCUGGGGACACCUGGAUGGACACCUGGACACACCCAGACCACGUUGUGCACACCUGGGUCCACCUGGACACACCUGGGAACAUCUGGGACACAGCUGGGUGCACCCAGAUGCACCUGGGGACGCCAAAGAACACCUGAGAACACCUGGGGGGACAUCUGGGACACCUGGGCACACCUGGGAGGGGCUGAGUGCACCCAGAGGUGGCCGUGGGCACACCUGGGACACACCUGGGCACAUCUGGAUGAAGCCACGCACACCUGGACGUGACCGCAGACACACCUGGGCACAGCUGUGAACACCUGGGCACACCUGGACGAGGCUGUGCACACCUGGGCGUGAAUGUGGGCACACCUGGGCACACCUGGGCAUCGCUUCAGACUCACCUGGGCACACCUGAGCAGGGAUGUGGACACACCUGGGCACACCUGGGCAUCACACCUGUCCCUACCUGCUCUCCCCUGUCCCUGCCCCUCUCACCUGUCCAGGUGCCCCCGGUUUCCCCCAGGACAUUUUUUAGGAAUUUUUUUUAAACCAAAAUUUCCCAAUCUGGGCCCAAAUUGAGGCCUCUGUGAAAGGGGCGGGGCCAAUGUGGCCACGCCCUGUGAUGUCAAUAAAGGUUUAUUUAUUAAUUAA